CAUUUUCACCAAAGCUGUGCGCUCACGGGUAGACCUGAAGCUGUGCAACAUAGUUCAAGAUUACUAACGGAUUUCUCUCCUGUGCGCGCGACCAUGCGCUUCAUCCAGCGCGGAUCUGACCAUAUGCACUUUGCCAAAGAAACCUGUCAGGGCGCACGGGCUGAUCCGCGGCUCAGACAGCGCGCCUGAUCGUCUGGACUUGCGCUGAUUAUGAGACAGAGGUUUCAAACACUGGGUUAGGGUCUCUUGAUCCUGGGCUGACACAAUGGACACUUUGAGCCUGUCAGUGAACGCGGUCUCCCACACGGCUGCAGCGGAGCUGUCCGGCACCGACGACCCGUUUAAGGGACCCAUUAGAGGCAUCGCUCCGUGGAACUUUACCAUUCUGGCCGUGCUGAUGUUUGUGGUGACCUCGCUGUCUCUGAGCGAGAAUUUCCUCGUCAUGUUCGUCACUUUCAAAUUCAAACAGCUCAGACAGCCACUGAACUACAUAAUAGUUAAUCUGGCCAUCGCUGACUUUCUCGUGUCCCUCACCGGUGGAGCCAUAAGUUUCCUGACGAACACCAGAGGCUAUUUCUUUCUUGGGAAGUGGGCUUGCGUCAUGGAGGGGUUUGCGGUGACUUUCUUUGUGAACAAGGACGUCUACCAGUCACUCCCCACAGCCAGCCUGUCUCAGGAAUUGCUGGCUCCUGGUGGCUUUGUGCAGCUCCUUACCCCUCAGUCCCAGUUCCUUCAGCAGGUCAGAGUAUUUUGCCCUCUUUCUUUUGUGCACUUCCUCCAUUCCCUCAUCCCAUGGUACAGUCAGCACGAACAGAAGAGCAGUUCUUUUGGAUGUGGCCCACAGCACCACAUCUGGUCACAUCUGGAGCUGCCUACCCAGGUCCACCCCAAUCUCCAGUCUUCCCCUAAUGCAAGGAGCAUGGAUGUGGGUCUCCUGUAUUCAAGCAGUAACACAGACCACAGCUACAUCAUCACUUUCUUCACUACCUGUUUCAUCCUGCCUCUUGGUGUGAUUUUCUUCUGCUAUGGAAAGCUUCUGCAGAAGCUCAGGAAGGUAUCGCAUGGUCGCCUGCCUACUGCAAAGAAACCUGAGCGACAGGUGACGCGUAUGGUGGUGGUGAUGAUUGUAGCAUUCAUGGUGGGCUGGACGCCAUAUGCUGUCUUUUCCAUACUGGUCACUGCCCAUCCCACCAUAGAACUAGACCCCAGGCUGGCUUCCAUCCCUGCCUUCUUUUCCAAGACAGCAGCUGUUUACAAUCCAGUCAUCUAUGUCUUCAUGAACAAACAGUUCAGGAAGUGUCUAAUUCAUCUCUUCACUGGCAUGGGAGUCAUACCAGAGAGCGACAUCAACCAGACUUCUGACCGACCGAGAAUUACUGCAGAGUGUCAAACUGGAGAAAUGUCAGCCAUUGCAGCCCAGAUCUCUGUGGGAGGUGCAACGUCAUCCAAGUCUGAGGAUUCCCCAGUUGACUUUGGCUCUUUAGCUCAGCUUCCUAUCCCGGAGAACAAAGUGUGUCCUAUGUAGCAUUAAAUAUGAUGCUACAUAGAACUGAUCUCUUACUCUGUCCUGACUGCUGUGACCUCAGAGUCCAUACUAACCUUCUGUCAUCUUGCCGCAAUGUGCUUCAAAAAUGACUUGAAUAUCAACAUUACUUUUUAUGUCUGGGGUCCUGGAAAGAAAGCAUAGAAAAGCCUAAACUUGUAAUCACUACACAUAAACAGGGAUGCACCG